UCCAACAUAUCGCAAACGAGCUACAUGAUCAGAAAGUUGAUUUCAGUAUCGAAAUAAGUGUGCUCAAUCGGUGUCAUUUAUUUAGCUGCCAGAGUUGCCAUGAUGUGGUUGUAAUAAGCGUCUAAGCUAGCCGAGCCAGCGUCUCUCUUUGCUCCUUGUUUGGCUGCUGAGGGAUGGAGAGGAGGCUGGGAUCCACCUGUGGGGACUUUCUCCUCUCAUUUGUAGUCUGGCGUACGUCCCCAUGAUGUAAAUUCAGAGGAUAACUCAUAUUGGACUGUAGCCAGCGCACCAGGAGCUGCAGCAGCAGGGAUGAGGAUCCGGCUGCAGGGUCCCGGCCACGCUGCCAGCCUCCUCUCCGAGCUCAACCUCUGCCGCCAAUCCCGCAGGUACUGUGAUGUGUUCCUGCAGGUGGGCAACCGCACAUUUGCAGCACACCGUGCUGUGCUGGCCUGUGCCGGGACAUAUUUCCGUAACCUCUUCACCCGGGCUCCAGCCUCUUCCACCGCUGCCUUGUCUCUGGAGUUUAUCUCCCCAGCCAACUUUGAGAAGGUGCUGACUUUCAUCUACACAGGGGAGAUCUUGACUGAUCUGAUAGAUGUAGGGGUGCUGUAUGAGCUGGCUGAGAGGCUGGGUGUUAGUGAACUGGUGAGGGCCUGCCAUGCUACCUUCCCUGACCUGCAGGCCUCUGUGACCGCAAACUGUAAAGCAAACAGUCCCAGGGACCUGGGCCUGGAGUCCAGCAUCGUUGCUGCCGCUGCAGCGGCGACUGUCACCGCAGUUUCUGUGUCUGCGUCAUCUGUGUGUUCCUCCGCAGCCUCUUGCUCUUCUCUGUCUUCGUCAGCCGGUCCCUCUGCCGCCCCAACUCCUGCUGCCGCCGCUUCACCUCUUUUUCAGGGUAGGACGCCCAGGGGCAGCCAUGAGGCCCACACCGAACCGCUGUCUCUGGACGUCAAGGCAGAGGACGUCCAGUCUCACAUGGGCUAUGGGCAGAUGGCAGCAGAUAAUCAGCUGUCGGGAGGACUUGGUCUUUUAACCAGCAGUCAGAGUGACAGCGAGCUGCCUCCAGGCCCCGUGCUGCAGCUGAAGACGGAGCAGGGUGUAGGGGAACAAGAGGCAGGAGGCAGGGGCAGCUGUGAGGAUGGGGAUGGACCAAUGGUUUGCGGGAACACAGCUCUACCCCAGAGCAGUGCCCCAGUCCAGACUGACAGUUGCUCCUUCCCCGACUCUUCAGCUCAACUGGGAAUGGAGACGUGUGUCCCCACCUCGUCCUCAGGAGACCCUGUAGGCAGCCUGCAGGUGGGCGCAGUGGAGGGCGGAGUGGUGGACGUGAGCCAGGACAGCAGGCUGAUGUUUGGGGAGGCAGAGGAAGGAGAGAACGAGGAGGAGAGGGAUCCUCUGCAGGGGAACGGUGCCAUGGAGGGAACGGAGGAGGAGCAGUGGAGGCAGCUAGCGGGGGAGAUCAUCGAGCUGAGCGAUGAUGAGAACUACAUGGAGGAGGAGGAGGAAGAGGAUGACGAAGAUGACCUUGUAUGUGUGGAAAACGGAGCUGGAGGGAACUCCAGCAGCCAGGUGUCAGGGAACAUGGUGUCAUGUAAAUCCUGUGCAGUGCCUCUUCCAGCAGAUGCCGAUGCUCUCAGACGACAUGCUGAGACCCAUCUGACAGAGCUCGGGGUGUGCAGGGUGUGUGGGGCCUCAUUCCCGGACCGCGCUGCCGGCACCACACACGCCCUCUCCCACGUCGGGGUCCAGCUCUUCUCCUGCGACAUGUGCCACUUACAGUUCUGUAGCCAAAACAAACUGCUGCGUCACCGCCGCCAGGCAGCCUCCAGCUAUACGAUACCACAGGGGGCACUUGCUGGUGGCACCCAGAGCCUGGGCUCUGAGCUGCAGUGUGCUGUGUGCACCAAAACCCUUACCAAGGACUUCCAGACUGUCAGAGACCACCUGCUGAGCCAUGUGUGUCCCCAGAGCCUGAGUUGUGGUGUGUGUCACCUCCCCCAGCUCUCCCUGUGUUCCCUGCUGUGGCACGCCCUCACCCACCUCUCUUUGCCCGUUUACACCUGCCCACACUGUGCCCACAGCUUCCUAGAGCGCCCCCUGCUGGACAGACAUAUGACUGCACACGCCGAGGAGGCAGCAGCGAAAGAAAGAGAGCGCUCCGCGCUGCGGGCACUCAGAGUCGGGACAGAUGGAGUCGGAGGAGGGAUCGGGGGGGUGGAGGAGCUGCACUGCUUCCUGUGCCCACAGACGUUCCGCUCCACCUCUGCCUUUCAGUACCACCUCAGCCUGCACACCACUGAGUCCCUGGGGAGCGGCGGCAGUGCCGGGGGCCAGGGAUGGCUGGGCAAACGCAAAGCUGACCAGUCUCUGGAGUGCCCCCCUUCCUCCUGCUCUUCUUCCUCUCCACGGGAAGUCGGCAGCCUCGUUAAAAUGAGCAACCUAGGUUUGGGCCUGGGAAUGGGCUUCAACCUGUCAGAUAAGUUUUUACAAGGACCAAUAUCCAACUUCCCCCCUGGGGUCAUGACCAAUGGGUGUGCUGGGAUGGACGGGGCAGCAGCUGCAGCGGCGGGUGUUCGCGGGAAAUGGUACCGGUGUCGCUAUUGUGGGAAGCGCUUCGCCCACUCAGGGGAGUUCACCUACCACCUCCGUAUCCACACUGGGGAGAAGCCUUACCAGUGCAAGGUGUGUUUACGCUUCUUCCGGGGCCGCUCCACCAUGAUCUGCCACCUGAAGACACACGCGGGUGCGCUGAUGUACCGCUGCACCGUCUGCGGCCUCUACUUCUCCACACUGAAGCUGGUGUCGUCACACAUGGAGCUCCACAAGGACCAUCUGCCCCCGGAUUUCAACAUCGAGCAGACCUUCAUGUACAACGACCACUCGAAAGAGCCGCUGCCCACCAUGGAUGCCUGAUCUCUUCUGCUGUCUGCCUGGUCUUUGUUUAUCUGGUGUCUGUCGCUCCCUGUCUCUUUUUGUCUGACUCCUCCUCAAUGUCUGGUUGCUGUGGACCAUAUAUAUAAUAGACCUAGACUUUUAGAAUGUAACAAACAUUUCUGUUUUACACGUAGGGUACUGUUGUUCAGUGAACCUCGUUUGAGGUGUAGUCUCUUUGAACAAAGCUAAAGAGAAGCCACAUGGUGGCACUGUCUGUUAUGUUUUGUGUCUGUGAAAGAGGGAAAGUUGGUGGACUGUCGACUGUCAUGCAGUGCUCUGCCUGCAGUAUCUAUCCAGAACAAGUCUGUAACUUGAUAACUAGCAUUUCAGGUUAGGUUUUUAUCGAUCAUUACGCUGUAAUGAAAGUAGCACCUCAUUGUAGCACAGAAAAUAAUUAUUUUAUUAUAUUUGCAGUCACUGUGGAGUGUCAUAUUGCAUAUUUUCACAAACUCCAACAUUUUCUAUAUCUCUUCAAAUGUUACUACAUUUUCCACACCAGGCUUUAAUUCUACAACGUAACUAGCCACGUAAUGAAGCCUUAUCAGUAAAUAGAAAUUUCGGAAUUAUUUAGUCUUCCUUAAAGCAUUUUUGUUGUAUUUUUUACUUUUCAUAGCAACAUAAAAACAUGCUUUUUGAAGAUACAGUGAGUUUUGUUGUAUCAGCAAUGGAGUGGCAUCUUUAUAAAUGCUUUUAGAAUAUCCUAUUUAGUUACACCCUAUGAUCACUUGAUAUAUCCCACAUGCAGUCUUUUUAUAAGAUGUGAAGUAUGAGUAUUGUGCUGUAGAAACAUGGUACUGAAGUGCCCAUCUACAAAUUCACAUCUGUGAUAUAGUUGUGUCUUACCUCAUAUCUAUAUCUGAUGACAAUGUAACUAUUUAUUCUAUUUAUGCCUUUUUCAAUUUCAUUUUCAGUGUUUCUAAUGUAAGACCUAUGACCGUUGGAUUUUUUUAAAAAACAUUGUUUCUAGUUAUUGAAAAGGAUUAAAUAAAUGCCUAC